AUUUUUUUCGCCAUAUGACAUCAAAACAAUAAUUGAACAUCUGAGCGAAGAGGUCAUUGAUUUUGUCCAAACCAAAAAAAUUGAUGUAUUUUGUUGUGAAAUAAUUUGUAUUUUUUUUUUUUUUUGGAAACUUCUUUCCAAGUUUCACUUGAGGUUUUUCAAGUGUUUGAAGAGGUUCGCGAUCGUCCAACUAUGAGCUUUCUCUUGUCAAAAUGUGGACUGAAGGUGUAUUUUGUUUGUUUAGCGGAAGCCGUUCUUCGAAAACCUUCAAACCCAAGAAAAACAUACCGGAAGGCACGCACCAAUAUGAGCUAAUGAAACAUGCAGCUGCCACAUUGGGCUCUGGAAAUUUACGUUUGGCAGUUAUGUUGCCAGAAGGAGAGGAUCUUAACGAAUGGGUAGCAGUAAAUACUGUAGAUUUCUUUAACCAAAUCAACAUGCUUUAUGGAACGAUAACAGAAUUUUGUACAGAAGACAGCUGCCCUAUAAUGUCAGCGGGCCCGAAAUACGAAUACCAUUGGGCGGACGGUCAUACGGUGAAGAAACCCAUCAAAUGUUCCGCACCAAAAUAUAUCGAUUAUUUGAUGACGUGGGUACAGGAUCAAUUGGACGACGAAACGCUAUUUCCUUCAAAAAUAGGUGUACCAUUUCCGAAAAACUUCCAAUCAAUAGCCAAAACAAUUCUAAAACGACUGUUCAGAGUCUACGCGCACAUCUACCAUCAGCAUUUUAGUGAAGUGGUGCAGCUGGGUGAAGAAGCUCACUUGAACACCUCGUUUAAACAUUUCAUAUUUUUCGUGCAAGAAUUCAGUCUGAUCGAGAGGCGAGAAUUGGCACCUUUGCAAGAACUUAUCGAUAAAUUGACUGCCAAAGAGCAACGAUAGGUGAUGAAACGCACCCGAAUGUGGUAACUUUUUUUUUCUCACUAUAAUAAUUUAUCUCUUUAUAGUGGGUCACUUGCUGUUAUUUGUUUUAUUGGCAUUUUCCCAUGAUUCUCAAACUAUUAAGACAGUUUGUUCAUUGGGACAUUUUUUGAACAUUAAUAACUUUUGGUACCUAUGUGCCUUUUAGCAGCUGAAGAUAGUAAAAUAGAUAAAAGAAAUGCUAAACUUUAGUUUAGAUAUUAAAACAGCUUAUAGCUUAUUCCAAUUGGUAUCAAACUUUGUUUGAAAGAUAGUAUUGGACUGUUGUCAAAAUAUUGAACAAGCAUUAGCUUAAAAUGAAAAGUACCUCCUAGAAUAAAAAUUCUAAACAUCUAAUUCGCUCGCGAAUGUGAUAUUAUUGGUGAAUAUUCUCUGCUCAAUGUGAGCAGUAGAGAAGUUGGAAACUAACACACACAUACUUACCAACCAUCUGACAGCCAUUCUCCAGCUUUUAGAUCUAAGAAUUAUUUAUAUAGGCAAAUGACAUCUAUUUUUCUAAUUUAUUGACAAAGAAAGCUAUGUAAUGAAACAUAAGUGAAUUAAAAAAGUUAUCAAUGAUCGAAAACUCUGAGUCUGUCCAUUUUUUGCAGCAGAUUUAAUGACAAUUAUUUAUAUAAUAUAUAUAUUGUUCUCACAAAAUUGGUGAACCAGCUUAGGGCACAUUAUCAUACAGGGUGUAUACUUUUUUGAUUGGUCUCCUAGUUAGGUGUUUUAAUGCUUUUUGCAGUAAAGUUUUAAGUAAUUAAACCAAAGUUUCUUAUAAUCAUUAUUAAUAUUUUAAGUCACAAAAGGUGAAUCUUGGCAAAAUAGGUUGGAUAACACAAUUUGUUAUUUUGCAAUGUUUUCCUAAAAUUUGCUUUGUUAUUAUGGCUAAUUGCUUAACUUAACACUCACGCGCUAUUACUUCAAAAAUAAUAAUAUAAACAUGUGUAUUUUGUAAUAAAAAAAUUGAAAAAUAUGCAAACGUCGGGCCAGUUUUACCAAAAUGACUGUUUAUACUUUUUGGCUUGAAAGGGUUAUAAUGAUACACAUGCAUUUGUAUAGAAAACGUAGACACCUAACAAAAAUUAUUGUAGAUCUUAAUGUCGAUAAUAAUAAUUAAUAAAUAUAUCAAAGUAAUGUAUUUUUCAUACAUUUUCAUAAAAAAAAAUCAAGAUAUUUUUUAACAUUUCAUCUAUUAUUUAUUGUAUUAAUCAAUUUGUUGUUUAGGAAGAAUCAACUGCUAACUGGAAAUAGGUAAAUCAGUUGGUUCCUUUUGUAGAUGACGUUUUAUUUUCGCAAUAAAAAAAAAAUGCUAGUUUUAAGCUACACAUAGUGAUAUAAUCAUUUUUGUAUGAUGAUUAGCAGACCUCCUGUUUUUUUUUAUUAAUAAUUAUUUUUUAGUUAAACUAAUGAACAUCUAUUAUUUUUUAGUUAUUUUUUUCUUCUGUUAGGAUUUGAUAGGUUUGCAUUGAAAAGUUGAAAAGCUCUUUUGUCAUUUUACUGUUAUUAUUUGUAAAUAUUUUAUUAAAAUCCUAUUAAACCUGAA